AUGAUGGACAGCAGGAUACUGGAUGCACCUCACGCCCAGUUCGGAGGCUCUCUCGGCGGGAUGGUGGGCUUCCCGUACCAUCUGAGCCACCAUCACGUUUACGAAUUAGCCGGGCAUCAACUUCAAUCUGCGUCCGCGGUCCCCUUCUCGAUAGACGGAUUACUUAAUGGCUCCUGCACGGCGUCGGUGGGUAAUUCCAACCCCCUCUUGUCUUCGGGCUGCGGGAUGAAUGGAGAUAAUCAGUACAAACUGACAGACUCGUUGGACCCAGACAAAGAUAGCCCCGGUUGCAAGAGAAGAAGAACUCGCACAAAUUUCACUGGUUGGCAGCUGGAGGAAUUAGAAAAGGCUUUUAACGAGAGCCACUAUCCCGACGUGUUCAUGAGGGAGGCGCUGGCUCUGCGGUUGGACUUGAUAGAAUCAAGGGUUCAGGUGUGGUUUCAGAACCGCAGGGCCAAGUGGAGGAAAAAGGAGAACACAAAGAAAGGUCCGGGUCGACCUGCUCACAACGCCCACCCCACCACCUGCAGCGGGGAGCCCAUGGACCCGGAGGAGAUCGCCCGGCGAGAGCUGGACCGGAUGGAGAAGAAGAAGCGCAAGCACGAGCGCCGGCUGCUCAAGUCCCAGAACAAGCUCAGUUCUGGGGAUUUAUUUCACACCCCGGGGUCGGACAGCGACAGCGGGUUGUCGCAUGUGACCGACAGUGACCACACCACGGGCCCGCCUUUUGACUCCGUGGGGGGGAGUCAGUCGCAGUCGAGCUGCGACCAGUCGCCUCACCAUCUCCAGACGCAGAACCAGAACCAAAGACUUAUGGACCGGGACGCUGGCGGAUCCGAGCUGGACUCGCCAGACGCCAGCCACCGGACCAGCCUGUGCUCCGGCAGCGGCAGAGCCUCCGGGCUGCAGAAGCUCAACCCUUUCAGCGUCGAGAGCCUCCUUUCGGACUCCAGACCGAGACGCCACCCCGCGGCCUUACCCCCCUCCCGGCCUUUGAUAGGGAAAGGACACUUCCUUCUCUAUCCCAUCACGCAGCCGCUUGGAUUCAUUGUUCCCCAAACUGCUCUGAAGACAACAACAACAACGACAACAUCAGCAUCAUCUUCAUCUGCUGCGAACUCUGGCGGUGACUCCCCGCACGAGAGGAACCAGGCGGGCGGCCGCUGCAGCAGCGUCACUGCGGGAUGUAGGAGCAGCUCGCCGGACUGCGCGGACGCCGCUCAACGGGGGCAGGUGGGGUCAGAGGACAAGCCCGGUUCACCGCACAGCAGCCCAACCAGGGCCGCAUAUCCCCCCGGCAAACACACCCACACCGCCUCGGUCAUUUGCAGCGACUCGACUUUCUCCCACGAACACAUCAGCAGCCCACAGCCGCUCAGUGCAAAGCCUCUGGACACAGACAGAAAAGAGCACUUAGAGAUCCAGGACCGGCCCGAGUGCGUCCUCAGUGACAGUCCAGCAGAAACAAAGACAGACUCAAAAGAAGAUGUCGACAUGGAAUAA